AACAGGCUUCUAAUAAUAGGUCAUACUUUCGCAUUGGUAGUGUCAUAUUGCCUAAUGUCUAAGGGGUUUAUGAAUAUUUGAAGAUGUCGAGAUUAAAUUAUGCUGUGAAGGGAUGCCGCGGCUCCGGUAAAGAUGGUAGAUGGUAGAUGUUUUCGGUACAGCCAUCUGCAGUCGUUCUUGACCGGGUGCAGCCUUCUCACGUUGCCGAGCCGAGCCUAAUGCGCUGCGCAUGGAUGGAUGAUGCUGCGGUCGGUUAUUUUUGCUGCUCUGCGCAAAUUAUAAACAGGGUCAGAGCCGUAUCAGGAGCCAACCAGGAGUUGUGACAGGAGAGGAGAGCCAAUCAGAGGAGAGAGAUGUUGGUGCAGGGCGUGCCUUGGGUCCUGUCUGUCAUGUCGUUGCUCCUGCUGCUGUGGCAAGAAGUGUCUGCUAUCGAGGUUCCUCUUGAUCAAAAGAUCCAGCAGGGUUUGAAGCAGCCUCCCACCAUAAUGAAACAGUCAUUGAAGGACUACAUUGUUGAUCCCAGAGAUAACAUCAUCAUUGAAUGUGAGGCCAAGGGGAACCCCGUGCCAAGGUUCUCAUGGCGACGGAAUGGGAAGUUCUUCAACGUGGGGAAGGAUCCACGGGUGACGAUGCGGAAGCGCUCGGGAACGCUGGAGAUUAGCUUCCGGAGCGGAGGGAGGCCAGAGGACUAUGAGGGGGAAUACCAGUGUUUUGCUUCUAACGACUUUGGAACGGCACUGACCAACAAGAUCCUACUACGAGUGUCCAAGUCCCCUUUGUGGCCUAAGGAGGUGUUGGAGCCAGUGGUAGUGGGUGAGGGUUCUUCCCUGGUCUUAGCCUGUAACCCUCCUCCAGGCCUGCCCCCUCCACACACCUUCUGGAUGAACAGCGCCAUGAUGUCUAUAACCCAAGAUAGUCGUGUGUCCAUGGGUCUGAAUGGAGAUCUGUAUUUCUCUAAUGUUCUGGCUAAAGACUCCCACACAGACUACAGCUGCAACGCCCGCUUCCUCUUCACACACACCAUCCAGCAGAAGAACCCCUUCACACUCAAAGUGCAGACCAGUCGUAAGGUAGCAGAGACCCCCCCUAUCUUCCUCUCCCCCACGGGGACUGACAGCUCAAGGAUGAUGGUGCUGAGAGGACAAAAACUACAGCUGGAGUGUAUCGCUGCCGGAGUUCCCACCCCCAGUAUAAAGUGGUUUAAGAAGGGAGGAGACCUGAACCAGAAGGUGAAGCUAGACAACUUCAAUAAGACUCUGCGUAUUGACAGCGUGUCAGAGGAGGACGCAGGGGAGUACAUGUGUAUGGCCAACAAUCAGAUAGGAAGUAUCCGACACUCCAUCUACGUCCAGGUUAAAGCGUCUCCCUAUUGGCUGGACAAGCCGGUCAACCUGGUGUUAGCACCGGAUGAGAACAGUCGUCUGGUGUGUCGGGCCAAUGGGAACCCCAAACCACUCAUCCAGUGGCUGGUCAAUGGAGAGCCUAUGGAGAGCGAUAGCUCCCUGCCCAACCCCAGCAGAUCGGUGGUAGGUGACACCAUCAUCUUUCACUCUGUUCAGAUCGGCAGCAGCGCUGUGUACCAAUGUAACGCCUCCAAUCACCAUGGUUACCUGCUGGCCAACGCUUUCGUCAGCAUACUGGACAUGGCUCCCAGGAUGCUUGGUGCUAAGAACCAGCUAAUAAAGGUGAUAGAGAACAACAGAACCUUCCUGGACUGUCCCUUCUUUGGCUCGCCACUUCCUGAGCUACGUUGGUUUAAGAAUGGUCAGGGCAGUGGUCUGGACGGGGGUCAAUACCGGGUCUACAUCAACGGAAGCCUAGAGAUCAAGCGUGCGCGGGUUGAGGACCAGGGUACAUACACCUGUGUGGCCAGAAACAUCCUGGGCAAGGAGGAGAACCAGGUCCGACUGGAGGUCAAAGAGCCGACCCGUAUCGUCAGGGCUCCAGAGCACCAGUCAGCAAUUAGAGGCACCAUGGCUCGUUUUGACUGCCGGGUCAAAUCAGACCUCACCCUGCCCAUCACUGUUACCUGGCUGAAGGAUGACAAGCCCCUCUCUCUGGGAUGGAGGUUAAAGAAGGAUGAGGAUUCCCUGUCCAUCCCUGAUGUCCACGAGCAGGAUGAGGGAACAUACACCUGUACUGUUAAAUCAGAGAUCGACCAAGACACUGCCUCAGCACGCCUUACUGUGUUAGAGGACGCCUCCCUGUAUCCCUCACAGUCUAGUGCCUUGCCUGCAGACUAUCCUGACCCUCCCAUGGACCUGGAGGUGUCUGACCCUGAAGCACGCAGCGUACGACUGACCUGGAUACCUGGAGAUGACCACAACAGCCCUGUCACACAGUUCCUGGUGCAGUUUGAGGAGGACCAUUGGGAACCUGGCCAGUGGCAGAACCUGUCUAGUUACCCCGGAGACCUCAACUCUGUCAUCCUGCAGCUCUCUCCCUUCGUCAACUACCAGUUCAGAGUCAUCGCUAUCAACUCUGUGGGCAAGAGCCGGCCCAGCCGCCCCUCGCAAAGAUACCAGACCAGCGGAGCCUCUCCUGAUGCUAUCCCUAGUGGCCUGAAAGGCUGGGGUACCAAUAACACAAACAUGGAGAUCAGCUGGGAGCCCUUGUUGGACACAGAGCAAAACGGCCCUAACCUGCAUUACUCGGUGUGGUGGAGGCGGAAGGAUACGGGGGAGGAGUGGAACAAUGUGACUACGGUGGGGGCGAAGCACAUUGUCCACGACACAGAGACCUACGUUCCCUAUGAGAUCAAACUGCAGGCCAGGAAUGACUUUGGACCCGGACCUGAGUCCAACAUCAUCAUAGGGUAUUCUGGGGAGGACAAGCCUACAGCCCCUCCUACAGACCUGCAUGUGUCAAAGAUUGACAGCACCAAUGUCAACGUCCACUGGACCCCGGUAGACCCCAACACUGUCCUGGGAGAGUUCAAGGAGUACAGGCUGUACUACUGGCGUGAGGGCAGCAUGGUGAAGGGUCUGCAUGUGAAUAAAGAGAAGAAGACUAAAGGGUUCUACAGUACCGUGGCCCAGCCUACUGGCAUAUUGACAGACCUACAGCCAUACAGCCACUACCGCAUGUUUAUGGUGGUCGCCAACAGUCGUUACGAUGGGCCGCCUAGCAACCAUGCGGAGUUCCAUACCAAGGAAGGAGUGCCAGACCUUCCUCAGUUCUUUAAGAUCGUCCAGAGGAGUCCAGACUCUAUCCACCUGGAGUGGGACAAACCCCUGGAGCCUAACGGUAUUCUGAUUGGAUACACACUCAACUAUCAAACAGUGAACGGGUCACGUGUGGGCCACAUGCAGAUGGAGAGUUUCCUCCCUAACGUGACAGCCUACAGACUCCGCUUGCCAGACCAAGCUAUCCGCUACAGGUUCUAUCUGGCGGCCCUCACAGAGGUGGGAGCAGGGAAGGUCUACACUGAGGAGUCUUCACAUUUCACCAAUGAAGAAUACUUUUUCAGCUCAGUCGAGCCUACAGACGUCUCCGUGUCUACAACUGUCCCUCCUCCUCCUCCUCCCACUACUACCGCUGCUACUUCAACCAUUAGUACUACUACUACUACUACUACUACUACUCCUACUACUACCACAACUGCUACUGCUUCUACUACUGCUACCACUCCUGUGUUGGUCACCAGCACCAAGCAAGCAGAUAAAAAUGUGUUGGGUACAUACAUAGGCAUGGCUCCUGGGAGGGUGAUCUGGAACCUGACGGUGAAGCCUAACAGUAACUACGCUAACAUCAGCUGGAACCACAACUUCCCGACCGGCAGCAGCGAGUUCCAGCUAGAGUUCACACUGGACAGCAAUGGCAGUGUGUCAAGCGUACCAGUGAACCAGCCGCCCAUUAAGCUGGCGGGGCUGAUCGAAGGGGCCAAGUACCGCCUGAGGGUGUACUCCAAUGAAUACCACAGCAUCUCCAGCAAUGUUGUCACCUUUGAGACCAGCGCAGCCUACAUUAAAGACCAGUUGGACAUUGCUACCCAGGGCUGGUUUAUCGGGCUGAUGUGUGCCAUCGCUCUCAUCAUCCUCAUCCUCCUCAUCGUCUGCUUCAUCAAGAGGAGUCGCGGAGGCAAAUAUCCAGUGCGAGAUAAAAAAGAUCUCCCUCUGGAGGGAGUGGAUCAGAAGGGAGAGGAUGGAUCAUUUGACUACCAGAAUGAAAAUGAGAACGAAAAGGACAACAGCAGCGACGAGGACAACAAGCCUCUGCAGGGCAGCCAGAACUCUCUGGAUGGCGGUGUGAAGGAGAGUGACGACAGCCUGGUGGACUAUGGUGAGGGAGGGGAUGGCCAGUUCAACGAGGACGGCUCCUUCAUCGGCCAGUACACUGUCAAAAAGGACAAGGACGAGACGGAAGGCAACGAGAGUUCCGAGGCCACCUCACCCGUCAACGCCAUCUACUCGCUGGCAUAGUCCCCCUGCCCGGCCUGGCCUGGGGAUCUGAAGAACUCCCCCUGGCGGUCGGAGGGUGAUAUUACCACCACUAAUACUACGACCACACACACACACAUACGCAAACACACACACAUAUGAAUAUAAGUGUAUUAAUAUAUUAAACACAUAUACACAUGUAAACACACACAGCACCUGCCUGGAGACUGUUUGACCUCUUAGAGCGGAGGGAGAAACCAUUCCUCUGAGAAUUAAGGGGGUGUGAAUGGAAUGAAGUUGAAGUUACUGUGAGCCAAGCCCUGACGUUCGGCUAUUGACGUUCUAUAUCGAAAUGGCUUGCCAAGGCGAAGUUUGGGAAUCUUCAACAGUACCAGUUUCUCUAUGCUCCUCCUUCUGCCCCUCACACAGAGUGAGUGUGCCUAACGGGCAAGCCUCAGUUGUAGAGGACUAGGAGGAAACGCCGAGGUUUUCAACCAUUUUGUGUGGCUCUAGAGCUUUCUUUGUUUUCAACGUACUCAGCUGUCCCCCCAAACCCCUCUCUUUCUCCCCACACACAUCCUCACGCCCCCCUGUGUCUUUACGGAGCGUCCCUAGGGAAGGAGACACAGACACUCGUCCUAUGAGCAUAUCAGCUCCGGACCACCAACAUAGCAGGAUGUUGGCAGAUAUGUUUAUCACAUUGAUAUUUCCACACAGAGAGAUGGUUUUUUGUUCUCAAUUGAUACAGCAGAUGAGUCAUUUGAAUAUAUGAAUGCUGUAAACAGUGCUAGCUCACCUUCUAGUUCGCUGCAAAACUAUGCAUUACCACCACCUCAUGUUUUUGUGUAAAGUCUGGUUAUUAAUUCAAUUGUUUAUUUUUCAGUGUUGACUUACAGGUUUAAAGAAGAAUAACCUGCUUAAUGAAAUUCUAUCGUUCCCUUGCCUUCCCGCUGUGGUAAAUGUACCUAUGAUUCACCUCUAAACUCAAGUCGUGUGGAGAUAUUAAAAACGGCCACAGUUAUAGCAAUGCUAUUCCUGCCUCAAGCUUUUUUUAUAGUACAAGCUACUACUAUGUCAGUUAUAAAUUACAUUAAAAAAUAUAUUUUAUUUUCAAGCAUGGUAGUACUUUAGUGCAAGAGACCUAGGACAAGUCGCUUGGAGAGGAGGUUUUACCCGCUUUGCUGUUUGUACAUCUCUAUGGCGACUGGCACUCCGAGGAUGUGACUCACUUCCUGUUUACUUCAUGGUUAGCAUGGCUGUGAUCCUUAGGCUUGAUCGGCACCCCUUUUGUAUGCUUCUUUUAUAACAGUUGUUAGAGGCAGGCUGAAUCUGCAAAGGCAGGACUUCUCAACCCUUCAGAACUUAUUUAGAAUCCUAAUUGACUGUUGAACAACUCAAAAUAAAACCAAAACAUAUUUUAUGUCUUUGAAUAUAGGUUACAGACAACUCUGUGAAGGUAUUGAACAUUGAACAUCCCUGCAAAUUCUGCCUGGCCCUAGUCAUCAUUGACAGGUAGCCAUUAUGUCAAGGAAGUGUGAAGAAGUUGGGGUGCACCAAUACAGUAGUGGACCGUUAUUUUACCAAAGAUACUGAUACAGUGGUGGGCUGCCAUUUUACCACCGAUACUGAUACAGUGGUGAACCGCCAUUUUACCAUUUGAUCUUUUCAUUAGUAGAACUCACUAAUGAGUCUUCCUUGAUGUUUCACCUCUUAAAGUGGCAGAAAGCCACAGAAAGUUCACCCAUAUUUUCAACUUUUUACAAUGGCACUACUAAAGUCUUUCAUGUUAAAUCAAAUAGAUCUUAGCUAAUCAAUGGCAAUUAGCUAACGGACGUCACAUUGUUUUUCAGGUGUGUAUUUCAUGUUUUAAUUGAUUACAUUAUGUUUAUAGUAUUCAUUAAUAUAUUAGUAAUUCACUUAUUAAUUGUUGAAUACACAUUUUUGACCAACUGACUUGAUGGUCUCACAUCAGAACCAACUCAGAACCCACGAUAAAGAACUUUCCUGAAUUUGAUAUUGUAAAAAAAUUGCCGUGUGACAUGUUUUGUGGCGAAGGGUAUUUCUGCUGUAAACUAGCAACAUUCACUGUAUGUCACCAUUAAAGAGGUUGUGUUGAUCUAGUCAUUGUGCUGCUCUUCAUGUUGACUAUUCAUGUUAUAUUACUGUUAGUAUUCCAUGUUGGUAUUAUCAUUUAUUUAAUAUACAUUUCACAUAAUACAGGAAUGUAACAUUGCAUUUGUCAUAGUGUAUCUAUAGGUACACGUACUGUAGGUCCUGAAAAAAAUAUGUCUUUGUAAAUAUCCAUGAGGAAAACAAAGAAUCACACAUCUGUAUCCACCAAGCAAAUGUACCUGGUGCAUCUCAUGAUUGGGACUCAAAAUGACUUCAUCAAUGUUGUCCCGAAGAACUUGCAUUGAAAUGUUAAUAGAUGGCUUGUGCCGUCUCUCUGUCGGUAACUUUUCUGAUCAUCACUAAUUCAAAAGAAACAGUUGAGAAGAAACAGUAUAUUGUGGAACAGGUAUACAGUAGGCCUAGUCAGCCCCUUUAUGGUGUAAAUGAAAGUGCUCAUGAAAUGUAUCAUUGUAGCAUUCUCUGCACACAUGUUCAAAGCCUAUUUAAAAAGGGCAUUUGCAGAGUUACCAAAUAGCCAAUUUCCCCCUAUUUUGUUUGUUUUUGUAUUAAGGCAAACCCGGACUUUCUCAAGGCUGCACAGACUCAUCAUGCCUUUCACCAACAUGCCUGCUGCUCCACCCCUCCUGGUGACAGCCCAGUAACUGGUGGCCGUUUUGAAAGGAAUACAUUUGGUAUAGUGCUUCACUCCUUCAAAGAGAUGUCUUUUGUCCUGCCUUCAUCCUCACCUAAGUCUUAAAAGAAAGAAUAUACUGUAUGUCCACCAACAGCCUCUGUGAACUGGUCCUCUUUAAACCUCCUUUCUCCAGCUUCUCAAAGCAAUAUCCGCAUAGAAUUUUGACCCAUUUGUUUUUCAUGUUGUUGCUUUGUGAUCAAGUUCACCAUGACCUCUGGGUACAGUUGCCUACCAUCUACAGACACCUGAUCACUGUAUAAACAUGAGGAAACAGGAGACCAGGAGUGCUGGCAGAGACACAAUACAGUGCCCUUCCUGUUGCUAUAUGCUGUUCUAAACUAAGCAAGACUAAGCGCACAGAGAGACAGUCCACUCUCAAACCUUCAACAAACCUUAGACUGCUGAAUCACGGAAUGUUCGAUGACGGAUUUAGAGCUUCUAGUUCAGAACUUUAGCCUUGAUCUCACCGUUGUUUGUGUUCGGGUCACGAUACUGUACAAGCUCUUUUCCUUGACAGCAUUUGUCCUUUCCCUGUGUGGAUUCUAAAGGGGGAAUUAGUAAACUGGCUAGAAAACACUAAAAAGAGAAUUAUGCAUAUUUGCUGAUACACAGUGCUUUCUUAUGUCUUAUUGUUUGUUUGUGCACAAUGUUUGGAGGUGCACACAGAUGUAGGAUCUUAAUUUGAUCACCCUGCUGCAGGAGAACUUUACUGCAAUGCAGGACAUUUUAAACUUGGAGUGUAUUUGAUGUUUAAAAAGGCUUCUGAAGAAAUGUUAACAUUUCAGACUUGAUUUUCCCAUUAUGAAUAAUGUACCAACCCCUACACAAAUGUCCAUUAAUUAUAAUCCACAUAAUAAUUCAAAUUUCCUGUUGCUGCAGGAAUAUUUCUCUGUUAUAGCAAUCUGGCUCAAAUUAAGUUCCUACAUCUGUAUGCGGUAGUGUGUCUUCUCAUUCUGUUUGUAAUGUUUACAUCGUCUAGACACCGCUCCUCCCCUACAAUAGCAAAUCAACUAACAAGGGGUUACAGAAAUGUAAGAGUGUCUUUGUAUUUUCACAGCUUUGAGUUCAGUUUAUUUGUGAUUCUGCAAAACUGGGAUUUUAUCCGUACAAUGAGACACACAUAACAAUUAUUAAAUUGGAGCUUGGAUUAUUAUAAUUGUUCAUAUUUUUGUUAUGUGUAAUUAUUUUAGUAAAUUUGAAUUUCUCUGUUUACUUUUACAAGUGUAUCAAAGCAGCUUCCCAGUCUUGCUUCUACUCGCGAAAUAACAUAUUUUGUAAGGUACAUCUAAUCAACAGUAAAAUGGCAUAUUAAUAUAUUCACCAUGUAUGCGUGUAUGAUGAGAUGUUGCAACUUCUGCUAGAGACGCCUUCUUUAUAGUAAAGCUAUCUCUUUCUCUAA